ACAAAACCGAACCAUAACCGAAACCGAAACCGAAAACCGAAAUUUUUUAACCGAACCGAACCAUAACCAUAUUCCUGUGGUUCAUUUAUGGUUGUCAGUUUCAGAUAACCGACAGUAUCGGUUUCGGUUUAGGUUUUGAAAUAAAACCGAACCAAUAACCAAUUGGUUAACCGAUUAAUAGUGACCGUAGGAUUAAAUGAUUUUAGGCCGUUGAUGGGGAUAUUUAACCCUAAUAAGUAAUAACUUACAUCGCUCUUCUCUUCUUUCAUAGAUAUCAUAUUAUCAGAAAGCUUUCCCACAGACAGUUCCACUUCCAACUUCACUCGACUCGACUGAUUUUUGGCAGCUGUGCUUAUGAUUUGUAGAGGAAAUUGGUUCAGGAAGCUCUUUCUCGUGAUUCUUCUGGUGCUGUUCAAUCCAACUUCUCUUUGAUUACUCCUACUUCUGGUGUCUUUCAGACUUGCCUUUUGACAAUGCGAGGAGGAUCCAGUUCAACACCUACUGCCUCUGUUUCUUCUAAUAAGCGGCCACCUCGACCUCCACCUAAUGCAAGUUCAGAUGGAGGUGCAAAUUCAGCUGGAGGUGCAAGUGCUGCUAAAGAUGCUAGUGUUGCUGGAGAUGCUAGUGCAGAUGGAGAUGCAACUGAAGCUGUCAUAAAAGUGACAGAAACACAUAGCAAUAAGCGUAAAACCCCUGAAGAUGCAACUGAAGAUGACACAGAAGUGAGUCAAGUGACAGAACCAAAGGGAAAGAAACGUUCUGAUGUGUGGAACCACUUUGAUAUGGACCCCAAGCCUUCGAAAUAUGCAAAAUGUCGCCACUGUAAGACAAAGAUUGCAGCUCAGGGUACCAAGUAUGGGACAGGUUACCAUUACAACCUCCUGUGGAAUACCCAAUUUCUACACAUGCAAAGUGUAUUCACUGUAACAAACUAUUUCCUGUCGACCCUUUUAGGAAUGAACUUAUGAUGUGUAGUCAGUUAUGAACUUAUGAUUAUGAUUUUUUGAUGUUUUUUCAUUUUUGUUAUUAAGGAGAAACUAGACUCUUUAAAAUUUAAUGUUUCUAUCAAUAUGUAUUGGAAGUUGGAACAUUUGAUGUAUUUGAAACUUGAGUGACAGGUUCAGAAAAAUUUGCCUGUCAUUUUUGUGAGACUGACAGAUAUAAAAAAUUUCAGUGGUUAACCAAAAACCGAAUGGUUUUAUACAAAACCGAGUUGGAACCGAACCGAGAAAAACCGAACUACCCAAAUGGUUUCAUUGGUUUUCAUUAUUGGAAACCGAGUAGUUCGGUUUCGGUUUAAUUUUUUCAAAAAACCGAUGAAAACCGAACCAUGU